UCGCCGCUCAGCCACACUCUCUGAGGGGCUCUCUUCUUGUCAGUCUAGCCUUCAAUAUGUCAGACUGACUUUAACGGAACUAACGGAAAAACUUGGAGAGGAGGGCCAUAUAAAAAGAAAGAUCAAUUAGUGCGGAUUGAAGAGGAAGUUGAAGGUGUGUAAUGGGUUAACGGCGGAAGGCCUCGCCUCACCUUUUAGUGCGCGUCACCCGGCUCCGUAAAGUGGUCCCACCAUCCAAACCAAAGGGGGAAAAUCACCGCCUGUCGCCUCCGCCAGACGCGCACCCUCUCCUCGGUCGGUCUCGCAUCCUCCUGUCGGUCUCCGCCCCGCCGCUCCAUCACCACACACAGCCAGAAGACAUCGGGAACUGGAGGAAUACGAGUGAUUUACCGGAGCCAUGAAGGACCGCAUGCAAGAACUUAAACAUGGGAAGGAGACGACAGAAGAGGAGGAUGAAGUUGCUGUGGGGAUGGACAAAGGCUUUAUGGAUGAAUUCUUUGAACAGGUGGAGGAGAUCCGGGGUUUUAUCGAAUCUCUGGCAGAGAAAGUUGAGGAGGUGAAGAGGAAGCACAGCGCCAUCCUCGCUUCACCUAACCCAGAUGAGAAAACUAAGGUUGAGCUGGAGGAUCUAAUGGCAGACAUCAAGAAGUUUGCCAACAAAAUACGCUCCAAAUUAAAGAGUAUUCAGCAAACCAUUGAGCAAGAAGAAAGCCAGAACAAGGCAUCAGCUGACCUGAGGAUACGCAAGACACAGCACUCCACACUGUCCCGUAAGUUUGUCGAGGUGAUGUCAGAAUACAACACCACCCAGUCAGACUACAGGGAGCGCUGCAAGGGACGCAUUCAGAGACAACUGGAGAUCACUGGGAGAAACACAACAAAUGAGGAGCUGGAGAGCAUGUUAGAGAGUGACAACCCGGCUAUCUUUACCUCGGGGAUCAUUAUGGACAACAUCACCGAGCAAGCUAUGAAUGAGAUCGAGACGCGGCACAAUGAGAUCAUCAAGCUGGAAAACAGCAUCAGAGAGCUUCAUGACAUGUUCAUGGACAUGGCCAUGCUGGUGGAGAGCCAGGGGGAAAUGAUAGACCGCAUAGAGUACAAUGUGGAGCACUCAGUAGACUAUGUGGAGAGGGCAGUAUCAGACACUAAGAAGGCGGUUAAAUACCAGAGUAAAGCCCGGAGGAAGGUGAUCCUGAUAGGAGGUUGUAUUGCAGCAUGUCUGACCGUCCUCAUUAUUUGCCUCGCAGUUGGACUCAGUUAGGACUCUAAGAAAUCCCUACAGAGCAGACAGGACAGGACGUGAUGCCUAUUUCUUAGGGUCAUAUGUUCAGCAGUUAAUAUAUACUAUAUAGUGGGGGGUCUGUAUUGUGCAGUCAGGAUCUGCUCAUGAAGUAGAAAGCAGGCUUGCAUAAAUGCCCUGUGCACUCAAAUAUUUUACGAUAACUUUUACGUGCAUUUUUUUAAUAUAUGUUUUCUAAACCUUCUUUACAGUCAAAAGUCCUGAGGAACUAACUUGGGCUUUUUGUCUGUUUGUGUCAUGAUUCACACAGUGUACCUUUGUAGUGUGCAUGUUCUGCAGUCUGCUGAACAGCUUUGCAUGUUUUUCUACAAACACAAAGCUGCAGAAAGGUGGUUAUGUUCAUCAAAACAAACGUGUGUUGAAUCAAAGACCCAAAUCAUUUUCAAAGUGCUUAUACCUCAGCAUAGUUCAUGAACAGCCAGCCUCUCACUACAGAUGUAUGUAACAUUGAUCCUGAUAAUGUUUUAUCAGUCCAUGGUCACAGUUACAAAAUAAUUAACUUCACCUUGUUUUAAGCAUUAAAGGAAUACUGUACUUCUACCAUAUGGGAAAUACACAUUGUUGUUUUGCCAGAUAACUCUCUUUAUGCUAAGCUAAGCUAACCAGCUGCUGGCUCCACCUUUUUUUACCGUACAUGAGAACAGUGUCAAUCCUCUCAUUUAACUAUUGGCUGCCAAAAUGCCAAACUAGUCCUUUAAGAAUUGAUGAAGACUGUUGAUUCCACAGGGUUUACAAGUUGGACAUUGGCUGUUUAUGAAUGUAGAGGGAUGCAUGCUGAAAAGACAUGUUUUAUUAUUUACCUUUAAAGCCACUGUGUAGAUUUUUGCAGAACAAUGCACAAUCCCUGUGAACAUUGGCUCAGCCAUAUCUUUAGGAUUAUUGCAGGAGGUAGCUCCAUGCAUUGCUGUCUGCCACAUUACACUCUUUGCUGCCACCAGAUGGCGCCAAUAUUGAGGAUUUCCAUAUUCUAAACAUAGUGGCUUUAAAUUUGAGAACCAUUCACAUUUGUGGCAUGUGUGAAAGUACUGUAUGUUGUUUGAUGUGGUAUGAUCAAAAUGCAGGAACCAAAUAUUUAUGGUUUUUAAAGUAGAGGAUGUGGAAACGUUUCUAAACGACAGUAAUAACUCCAACAACGUCAUAACCCAGCUACAUUAAAAUCAAAUAUUGCCUUCUGCUUUUCUUCUAAACUGCAUUUUGUUCUGAUCAUUAUAAAUAUUGUAAUGUAUUAAAGUAAAGUCAUAUCUCUAACAUGUUUUCCUCUGCUCCCCAUUUGCUGCCAUUGAUGUUUAUCUGUUCUUGUUAACACUUAACACUACAGAAGAAAAUUAUGAUUAUCAUAUGCUGUGUGGUUCUGGGAAUUGUCAUUGCCUCCAUUGUUGGGGGAACGCUGGCCUAAACCACAACCACAGUCACACUCAAAGACACAGCCGCAGACACACAACAGAGUAAAGACACAACAGAUUUACAUUUUCAGUUUCCUGUUUUCAUGAAUUCAAUCUAUUACAAGGUGCAUUAUAUUGUACGACACAUUUUACACGCGGCGUACAGGGCCAGAGGUGUUUUCGCAUGAGUUGCUAUUUUGUAAAUGUGUGGUGCUGCAAACUGUUUAUCUGAGUGUUGAGUGUUGUCAACAAUAAGAUGUUUCCAAAAGUGAAUUCCUGAAUUUACUAAAUAUGUAACACUAUACUAAUACAUUCCAUCUUCCAAAUAUGACAUUUAUUCAGUUGUGAUGUCUAUUUUGUGUUGUACAGGCAAAGUUAUGGGCCACUAAUCUGCAAAGCCACGUUUUCUAUAGAGCUAUAUCUUUAUUUACUUUAUCUUUUCUUUUGACGUUCUCUCUCUGAUGUCCUCUACCUCCCAUCAAAAGCCCUGCAUGGUUUAGUUCACUGUAAAGUGGUGGUUUGUUUUUUUUAAUGCAAAGGGGACAGACGACAUGUUGGGUAGUUAGCUCGUAGAAUCAUCACACUGCCAAACAUUCUCUAAUGUCAUAUCUUGUAGUUUAUGGAAGCCAUGCUAUUGUACUAAACUUCAUCUGGCCUUACCAGUUGUGCAGCAUUUCUGGCCGUUGCUCCAGUGUUGCGUGUGCAUGGGAAAGAGGAUAUAUGUGUGUUUAUUUGUAGCUACAUGUUUGAACGUGCCGAGUGUGAGUCGUGGGAUGAAAACGUGAGUGCUUGUUAUUAGCCACCUGUGUCUUUGUUUUCUAUAAAGUGUAAACUGAUAUAAAGCUAUCUACACUGCCAGUAUGUUCAAAUAAGAUGUUAAAAUUGAGUCUAGUCAGGUUUGGAUUGAUAAUUCUGGUCUGUAAGUGACAAACAUUUGUUGUUUUAUGUCUUUUUAUAAACCCCGAGCUUUAAGCAUAUUCUUUGUCGAGCUACUUCAAUGUUCAUUUUCAUGAGUGAACAUGAGUCCGUGAAAGUGUCAGCAUGAACUCAAAGUAGCCCUGUAAAAAAAAAAUAAUAAUUUCUGCUUUCAGACAUGCAGAGAAACUGCAACCAUGUUACCAU